CGAUUCAGUCUUGUUCGAAUUUCGUGCAAUCCGUGCAGCAAAAAAAAAGGAAGAACAAAAACCAGAAUGCUGAUCGUACGCUAUCUAAUUGCUUUAGUGUUUUCCGUAUUUAUGAUGGCCACAUCAUUGCGAAUCGAAGAGCGUUGGCGACGUGGCCCUGGCUAUAAGAUAUCCACACCGGAUCGAUUGGUCAUACAAAUGGGCCAAAAUGGAGAUGGCUCAUCUGUGACUCAUCUGCAACGCAGACGUCUGAAUAUCUGAUCUCUUGGAUGAAAUUGAAUCGCCAUAUCGAAAUGUAGAAAUCUUACUAAUUGAGUGAUACAAUAUGCAGACAUAUAAAACAGUCACAGAAACUUAUAUUCAAAGAAUCCUUUUACUGCUCCUAUUCAAAAUAGCAAAAAAAAAUAAAAAUUUAACAUUAAUUUCUAAGAAAUGGAUUAGUUUUAAGCCAAAUAUUUUACUAAUUUGCC